AUGGCGACCCAGACCAGGCUGGUGGGCGUGAAGAUGGCGGGCGACGGCCACGGUGUUCUGCUCCCCCUGUGUCUCCUGGUUCAGGCCCAGGUGCUGUCUGUGGCCCUGGCCCAGGUUGCCCUGCCCGCCUUCCUGCCCUGUGAACUUCAGGUCCCCGGCCACGUCAACUGCGAAUGGCUGUUCCUGACGUCCGUGCCCCACUUCUCGGCACCCUCGCUGCUGGGCAACGUCACCAGCCUCUCUCUGCGCUGCAAUCGCAUCCGCCACCUCCACGACUCCGACUUCGCCCGCCUGUCCGGCCUGCGCAGCCUCGACCUCAAGUGGAACUGCCCGCCCAGCAGCCUCAGCAUCAUGCACUGGGCCUGCCGCAUGACCAUCGAGCCCCGCACCUUCGUGGUCUUGCACGAGCUGGAGGAGCUGAACCUGAGCUACAACAGCAUCACGACCGUGCCCGCCCUGCCCCACGCCCUCCGGUACCUGUCCCUGAGCCGCACCAACAUCCUGGUCAUCGACUCCGCCAGCUUCAGGGGCCUGCGGGCCCUGAGCUAUCUCUUCAUCGACGGAAACUGCUACUACGAGAACCCCUGUGGCAGGGCCGUGCGGGUGGCCCCCAACGCCCUCCUCGACCUGGGCAACCUCACCCACCUGUCACUCAAGUACAACAACCUCACGAGGGUGCCCCUCGGCCUGCCCCGCGGCCUGCAGAGCCUGCUGCUGUCCUACAACCGCAUUGUUUCCCUGGGGCCGGAGGACCUAGCCAACCUCACCGCCCUGCGUGUCCUUGACGUGGGCGGGAACUGUCGCCGCUGUGACCACGCCCACAACCCCUGUGUGGAGUGCCCCGUGGGCUUCCCCAAGUUUCAUCCCGACACUUUCAGCAAACUGAGCCACCUGGAAGGCCUGGUGUUGAGUGACAGUUCUCUCCACAGCCUGGACGCCAACUGGUUCCGUGGCCUGGGCAACCUGUCCGUGCUGGACCUGAGCGAGAACUUCCUGAUCAAAUGCAUCUCCACGACCACGGCCCUCCACGGCCUGAGCAAGCUGCGCAAACUCAACCUGUCCUUCAACUACGACAAGGGGAUAUCCUACGCCCACCUGCACCUGGCGCCCUCCUUCGAGAGCCUGGUCUCCUUGCAGCAGCUGGACAUGACCGGCAUCUUCUUCCGCGAGCUCAGCAGGAAAACGCUCGAGUCUGUGGCCCGCCUGCCGUUGCUGCAGAACCUGAGUCUCCAGAUGAACUUCAUCAACCAGGCCCAGCUCAGCAUCUUCCAGGCGUUCCCCAGCCUGCGCCGGGUGGACCUGUCCAACAACCGCAUCAGCUGGGCCGCGGGGCCCGCGGCCUCCGAGGCGGAGGCGGAUGCCAGAGAGGAGGCCCGGCUGCCCACGGGGCGCCUCACUCCAGGCCCCCAGGAUACCCUCGGCUCUGAGGACUUCAUGCCGAGCUGCAAGAACUUGAGCUUCACCUUGGAUCUGUCCCGGAACAACCUGGUGACUAUCCGGUCGGAGAUGUUCACUGGGCUGUCACGCCUCCAGUGCCUGCGCCUGAGCCACAACUGCAUCUCACAGGCGGUCAAUGGCUCCCAGUUCGUGCCGCUGACCGACCUGCAGGUGCUGGACCUGUCCUACAACAAGCUGGACCUGUACCAUGGGCGCUCGUUCACGGAGCUGCCGCAGCUGCGGGCGCUGGACCUCAGCUACAACAGCCAGCCCUUCAGCAUGCAGGGCGUGGGCCAUAACCUCAGCUUCGUGUCCCUCCUGCCCGCUCUGCAGUACCUCAGCCUGGCGCACAACGCCAUCCACAGCCGCGUGUCCCCGAGGCUCUGCAGCGCCUCGCUGAGGGCCCUGGACUUCAGCGGCAACGCCCUGAACCGCAUGUGGAAUGAGGGAGAUCUCUACCUCCGCUUCUUCCAAGGCCUGAGCCGGCUGGUCCGCCUGGACCUGUCCCGGAAUCACCUGCACGCCCUCCUGCCACACACCCUGGGCAACCUUCCCAAGAGCCUGCGGCUGCUGCGUCUCCGUGACAACUACUUGGCCUUUUUCAACUGGAGCAGCCUGACGCUCCUGCCCGAGCUGGAAACCCUGGACCUGGCAGGAAACCAGCUGAAGGCCCUGACCAACGGCAGCCUCCCUAAAAACACCCGUCUCCGGAGCCUGGACUUCAGCCGCAACAGCAUCAGCUUCGUGGAUGCCGGCUUCUUCGCUCCGGCCACCGGGCUGCAAGAGCUCAACCUCAGCCACAACGCCCUCAAGACGGUGGAGCCCUCGUGGUUUGGCUCCGACGUGGACACGCUGAGGGUCCUCGACGUGAGCGCCAACCCCCUGCACUGCGCCUGCGGGGCGGCCUUCGUGGACUUCCUGCUGGAGGUGCAGAAGGCCGUGCCCGGGCUCUCCAGCCGCGUCCGGUGCGGCAGCCCGCGCCAGCUGCAGGGCCGCAGCAUCUUCGCGCAGGACCUGAGGCUCUGCCUGGACGAGGAGCUCUCCUGGGACUGCUUCGGCCUCUCGCUGCUGGCGGUGGCGCUGGGCGUGGCCGUGCCCCUGCUGCAGCACCUGUGCGGCUGGGACCUCUGGUACUGCUUCCACCUGGCGCUGGCCCGGCUGCCCCGGUGGGGGCACCGGAGGGGCGCGGACGCCCUGUCCUACGACGCCUUCGUGGUCUUUGACAAGUCGCACGGCGCCGUGGCCGACUGGGUGUACAACGAGCUGCGGGUGCGGCUGGAGGAGCGCCGGGGGCGCCGGGCGCUGCGCCUGUGCCUGGAGGAACGCGACUGGCUCCCCGGCAAGACGCUCUUCGAGAACCUGUGGGCCUCGGUCUACAGCAGCCGCAAGACGCUGUUCGUGCUGGCCCACACCGACCGGGUGAGCGGCCUCCUGCGCGCCAGCUUCCUGCUGGCCCAGCAGCGCCUGCUGGAGGACCGCAAGGACGUGGUGGUGCUGGUCAUCCUGAGCCCCAACGCCCACCGCUCCCGCUACGUGCGGCUCCGCCAGCGCCUCUGCCGCCAGAGCGUCCUUCUCUGGCCCCACCAGCCCAGCGGCCAGAGCAGCUUCUGGGCCCAGCUGGGCAUGGCCCUGACCAGGGACAACCGUCACUUCUAUAACCGAAACUUCUGCCAGGGCCCCACGACGGCCGAGNGCAGGGGGGCUGCUCAGGCCCUCUUGCCCCCACCCCUGGCAUACAGCAGGCACUCAAUAAACGCCACUGCAGGCCCCACAGCUACCCCUGAGCUCCAGAGGUGUGAAUGGGAGGAAAGGAGGGAGGGCUCCCCAGGCUUCCUGAAGUGA